AUGGCAUCCCUAGACUUCUUCCUCGGCUCACUUCUCUUCCUCGUCCCGCUUCUCCACCUCCUGGUCUCCCCUCAUACAAAGGUCGAGGAGUCCUUCAACAUGCAAGCUACUCACGACAUCCUCGUCUACGGAACGCCCCUCUCGUCACCAGGGGACCGCUUCGCCAGCACCUAUGACCACUUCACUUUCCCCGGCGUUGUACCGCGCACCUUCCUUGGCGCCGUCAUGCUCUCCGGAAUUUCACAGCCGUUCACUUGGCUCGCCGGCUUCGAACAUGCCCAGUUCAUCGUUAGAGCCAUUCUAGGCUCCUUCAACGCCCUGUGCCUGCUGGUAUUCCGGAGCGGCUUGGCAAAUUCGUAUGGCAGGGGCGUGGCCAACCUGUGGGCCGUCAUGAUUGUCACCCAGUUCCAUGUUGUGUACUACGCCACGAGGACGCUGCCCAACAUGUUCGCGUUUGGCUUGAGCACUUUGGCGUUCGCCUUUCUCCUCCCCAGGAGUGACCCACGGCAGGGGCGCGUGCGCCUCAAGCAGGCCAUAGGCCUUCUCGUCUUCGCUACCGCCAUUUUCCGCUCCGAACUCGCAAUCUUCCUGGCUGUCCUCGGCCUCGAGUUCCUUGUCUCCAAACGCAUGACGCUGCGGGAACUCGUCACUACAUUCUUGGGCUCCUUCGUCGCCGCCCUCGCCAUGUCCAUACCCGUGGACUCGUACUUCUGGCAGAAGCCUGUCUGGCCGGAACUCUGGGGCUUUUACUACAACGCCAUCCUCGGAUCCUCAUCCGACUGGGGUGUCUCGCCGUGGCAUUACUACUUUACCUCUGCCCUGCCCCGCCUCCUACUCAGCGUAUCGUCUAUCCCGCUCAUCAUGCUCGCUCUGUGGCUGCCAGGCACUUCUCGUCAGGCCAGGCCGCUGGUUCUCCCAAGCCUCCUGUACAUCGCAAUAUACUCCUUCCAGCCGCACAAGGAGGCACGCUUCAUCUUUUACGUCAUCCCGCCCCUGACCGGCGCUGCCGCGCUCGGCGCAAAUUACAUCUUUGCUCGCGAGUCGAAAUCAUCCUUCUACACCUUUGGCAAGUUGUGCAUUACCCUUUCCAUCAUGGCCUCUGCCGCCGGCAGCGUCGCUAUGCUGCUCUUUUCCUCGCUCAGCUAUCCUGGUGGCGAUGCCGUCGCCCAGCUUUUUGCCAUCGCUAAUGCCGACCCCACCGCGUUUGUCCAUGCCGACGUCCUGACCUGCAUGACUGGCCUCACGCGCUUCGGUCAGAACCCCAUUGGCUUGCCAUUAACCCAAGGCGCCCGUGAAUCCUCUCCGGAGAUUGCCGCGGCUGCUGGGCCGGUCCUUCUAUUUGACAAGACUGAGGACAGACCGAAGCUAGGAAGGUCCAGCUUUUGGAACACGAUGGACUACGCGCUAAUGGAGGACUCGAUGCUACCCCUGGGCAAUUGGAGGACCAUCGGUGUUAUCCAGGCCUUCUCGGGUAUUCAAGUCCUCAAACCCGGCGUUGACGACCCGGAAGUUGCAGAGGAAGGACAGCGAGCACCGCCCAAAGUCCUCGGCCUGGGCGCCACAGUCGCCACGAUACGAACCACGGUGAGGAGGUUCACGGGCGGCUGGUGGAUUGGGCCCCGAAUGUCGCCACGUAUUCACAUUAUGAAACGCGUCCAGGAGGUACGAUACGCAACUUCGUAG